CCUCCUCCUUGUCCGAAUCGCUCGCUGUCUCCCUCUGGUAACUCACCUCUCUUCUCUCCGGGAAGCCGAAGAACACCUACAGAAAGCAACAAACAUGGAAGGGGACAACAUAAUAAUGUCCGUUUGACCCGUGGGGAGAUUUUCCAAGAUGCCCGGUCUUUUGUCCAGUCCUGGGAGUCUGACAGUCAUCUGGUUUUUAUCUUGGCAGCUGUGUUUCAGUGGUGCUCAGAUUUGGACUAAUGAAGUUUCGAAUGUACAGUACGGACACCUGGACUCUAAUGUGACACUGGCAUGUGGAAAGUCACAAAUUAAGAGGAUACCGGUGGUGUGGCAUCUCAAUGGCAGCCGGGCGUUACCAUGGCACGGAGUAACAUCAGAUGGCUCGUUAGUCCUGCUGCACGUCAACCUUUCAGCCCAGGGCAACUACAGCUGCUAUGACAACCAGGGGCUCCUCCUUCACUCUAUCAAACUAAGACUGGGCUUUCCCCCUGGGCGGCUUAAUAUUUCAUGUCAAGUUCCUAAUCACAGUCAUGUUCGUUGCUCUUGGAACGAAACAGUGAAGAGCUUCCUUCCAGUCAAGUACAACGCCUCCUUCAGGGGGGUUGGCCACAAAUGGCAGACUUGUGUUGUGAAUGCAUCCCACAACUACUGUGAUGUAGAGGACCCACCUUUCUGGGACAGGAUACACACACUUAAUAUCACAGCGUCCAACGCACUUGGGUCCAAAACAACGGAUGCCCGCUUUAAAUUGGAAGCGCUCUUGAAACCUGACCCCCCAGAGUCAGUGAUUGUAAAUGAAGUGGAGGGCUAUCCUGAGCGCUUGAACGUCUCAUGGAAUUUUCCCUCCUCGUGGCCAGUACGUCUUGGUUUCUCGCUAAUUUUUCAAAUAAGAUACAAGCCAUUUGAAUCUCAAAUCUGGUCAGAGUUUAACUCUGAAGAGAGUCCAGCUAUGAUUUGGGACGCUUUGGCUGGUCACCUUCACCAGGUUCAAGUCAGAGCGAGGGACGAGGUGAACAGUGAGACCCAGUGGAGUGACUGGAGUCCUUUGCUUUAUGGCCGGCCUUGGGAAGACACUGCCACAUCUAAACCUCCAGAGGAUAAUUUUCCAGACUAUAUUUUUCACUUCCAAACAAAGCCAGAAACAUCAACUUCUAGAUCACAUAAGCCAGUUCCACCGGAUGACGGUAAUUUGGGUUUGGUGAUUCUGCUGGUUUUGUUUGCCGUAGUUAUCAUAGCCACUGUCCUCUCACUCAUCUUUGUGGUGUGGGUGAAGCAAAGGCGGCGUGAACAUGUGACCAAACAGGAGCUCACGUCCAUGGUCAAGAUGAAGUCCAUGCCAGUUUGAUGUUAAACUCAAACAUCAUCUUCUCCUCAGCCCGUUCUAGGGCUGCUCUGAAGAGUUGGCCGUCAUGCAAUUCAGCAUGCUGACCUUCACUUUUCAACUGCAAGAAAUUAACAAGAAUUUAUUCAAGAGCCAUGAUGACACAAACAAUCCUGUCAAGCCCCCCUUUAAGAAUUGAAGGGAUGUCACACUACAAUUCUUACGAUACAUCCUGGAGGAGCUUUUUCCAUCCCCGUCAGGUUAUUUUUGCAAUCAUCAGUGAUUUUGCUUCAGUUUCAUGUGUCCGUUAUUACAGACAGACGCAAUGAUGUGAAUGGGGUGCAACUUUUAUCUGGCAGCAUUGAAGAGGCCUGAAAAAGGCAGCUGAAAACAAGUAGGCAACUUGAAUUGUGAACACUAAAUGAAUUUCUCUUUUUUUUAUGUUGCAUGGUGAUGUUCUUUUGUUAAUGUGUCUUUAUAAUCAUCCAUCCAUGAAGGGUGUGAAAGAGUAUAUCACACUUAAAGUGAAAGGGGAUACAAACCCAGCAAAGGCUUAUUCACAAAACACCAGCUUCAUGACAAUGGACACAAGCGAAGGAAAAUGAGUUUUAUUUUGUUUGUGUCUGGUUUUGCUCUUUUUUUUAAGUUAAACAAAGGCAUUUUCAUUCAAAACUAUCAUCAUUGAAUGAAAUAAUAUUUCAAAAUGUAUCCGUAUUCAUUUUCAGCUAUUAAUGUAGCACCUUGGAAACAGUUCUUGUUCCGGUCAACAAUUUAGAGGCAUUAUGUGUUAGAGUAUUGUUUCAAAUGUGUUAAGAGUUAAAAAAAAAAAAAAAAAAGUCAAGCCUGAAGGUGUUUGCAGAAUGCACCUCUGGCUCUUACAUUUUUUCUCAAUUGCUUUGGUACGUUUCUCAGAUCAGAAUUAAAAUUCUCAAAACUAUUUGUUAAUUCCUCACAACAUGUCGCACAAGUAGCAAAACAAUAUGGAUGACAUGCAAAAGACCUUUUUUUUGUACAAAAUACUUAGUCUAUCGCUCAAAAUUAAAUUUCUGUCUCAAUGAACAUGUCAGUGCUAUCAGAAUGACAAGUCCUUGUUUCAUUGUGUACAGACAAGGCAGUCAAAUUGCUUAGUCAUGCUCUCAAUUGAACAGUUACUCUGGUGGAAGGCUCUGAUGAUGAAGUAAGUGUACGUAAGUUUUGAUGAAAAUUGCAAGUUACACCUUUGUGUGUGGGAGAUUGAUUGUAAGAGACUGGACAAAAUUCAGUUUACACUUUUACUGUUUUUACAAUGUCUUGACAGACCAUGUCAAUGCAGUACAGAAAACAAAAGACAGCACAGAGUAUCCGAAAGAAAUCUUACGUAAAAGCAAAAUUAGAAAUGUGAACAUAAGACCCAGGUGACCAGCUCAAGAAAGAGGGGAAAAUUGCCAGCACCUGGGUCUCGGAUUGCAUCAUCCUUGUCAAGUCGCAAGAUAUGAAGAUUUAAGUCGUGAGGAGUUUUGAAGAGCCGACCCCAUUCGACAAUUAAUGAUUACACCUGCUACCACCUUUUUGGAUGAUCAGAUUGAUGAGUACCAUGAUGACCCAACUGAUCUUGAUCCUUACCACAACUUUUACAAUAACAUGUCGAAUAACUGUAAGUACUACACAGCGGACCAGUACAAUAACUCCAUGAAUGUAGACAUUAAACUGAAACUAAUCCAUUUCAACGGCAGGAGUCUCUACAAAAAUUUUGAAAACAUUGCGGAUUAUCUAUAGAGCUUCAAUAACAAGUUUGAUAUUAUUGCCGUCUCAGAAAUCUGGUUUAAUGGGAACAAAGGAACUGUCUUUAAUUUGCAUGGAUAUAACAAUGCCCAAAUGAAUCGGACAUCAAAUGGUCACGAAAAUCGUCACGGAGAUCCAGGAUCAAGAAAGGCUCGCUCGCGGGAAGCAGGCAAGGGCGGAUGACGACUAAUCUUCAGGAGCGGAUUACAGUGGACGUGGGCCUCCAUGACACCCCCGGCCAACCCUCCCUACACCAACUUGAAAAUCAACCUAACCGAUGAACCUACUCGAAUUGACAAUAUUGCAUAGUGCCAUGGCAAUCAAUGACUUUUGGGUCGAUAUAUAAGUGAAAAAACGGACAAAAAAAAAAAACGUAAAAUAAAAGCUCAUGUAAUGUGACUAUGCAACUCUACCAUGCUAGACUGUGCGUCCCGGGCUGUAGGGGGACGGGUAUUGAUAAGCAUAUGCUUUUUCCCAUCUUCCUUUGUCUGUCAUCGGUCUUUUCGGGCAAAUUAUUCCAUAUUUUGUGACUGUCAAUGAUUCUCUUUCUUUGGCCAAACUAUCCCACAUUUUUGUAACUGUCAUUGAUACCGAUGAUGAUAAUACAUAUUUCAUUCAUUCAUUCAAGACAAUCGGCACAACUAAAAUUCAAAUGCUAUCAGGAUUAUUCACCCAUUCUUUCUGCACAUCUUGACGUUCCUCUCUGUUUGGCCACAAAUUUUCAUUCACGUCACAACAGAUGUCCUCUCUACAGCGUGGAAAGAAUGUUCUUGAAUGCUGCAGGCAUCUGCUGUGAUGUCACUGCAUGCUGCAUUCAUGGCAUCCAGAAGAGUCAUCUAAUUGUGAGGCUGACGAUCAUACACUUGCCAUCUCCAUGUGGAGAAAAAAUCUAUGGGGUUGAGGAAUGGGGAGUAUAGUGGUAGGAACUUCAUUACCAUUCUUUUGUGGGUUGCAAACCAUUCCCUGAUUGUGUUGGCGUGGUGGAAACUCACAUUGUCCCAAACUAUUAAAAAUUUUAGCAGGUUAAAAUUAGUAAUGAAAAUGCUCAGAAAUAAGCACACACAUGUUGACAUAUCCUGACAACAUGUUCAUGCAUUUUGCAUGUAAAGACUUAUGCAAUAUAGUAAUGACAAAAUGUUGUGGAUGGUGAGACUAUUCAAUAGAGACCCAUGAUCAUCCAUUUUGACCAUCACGGAAGAUGCAACUGAUAAUGUAGGAAACAGCAGAGAAUUGUACAAAAACAUUUGCAUGGAUGCACAAAAACAUCUACAACUUGCUCAAAGGAAUGAGAAACUGCUUUUUUUAAGUGCACUAGUAAUGCGAUGUUGAGAGGAUUGAACAAGUAGUUUCGAGAAUUGCAAGUCUGAUCUGAGAAACUUACCAAAGCAAUUCGAAACUAAUAGACUAUUGGUGAUGAACAAGGCCUCUUUUUUAUGACAGUCUAGUUAGUUUAUCUUAGAAAAAUAUCCAUAAUGCAUAGUAGGUAUGGCGAAAUCAGUUGAGCCUCAAAUUUUGAACACUAUCUGUAACAGGACACUAGACCACAUCCAAUUGGAUAACAUUAAGAAACUAGUUUUAUUAUUCAUUGAUGUAAAUACUGUAGGAGACUACAAUGCCCUCCACUAGCAGUUCUCAUUAUAUUACAAUAUAUUUUUUGUUUUUAAAAAUGUUGAAUUCUAAAUUUAAGGAUCUUAGUUAUUCCAAUUUAGAGGUUCCACUGUAUUGCCCAAUUUCUCUGAGAAAACAACACAGCUCACAGCUUUGACAUUGGGUUUAUAUGUGACACUCAUUAACAUUAGUUUUAUUUUUUACAAAUAACAUGGACACAGUCCUGCCGAGAGCAAAAACUAAAGCAAGUACACUGCUGGCCAAAAGUAUUGGCACCCCUGCAAUUCUGUCAGAUAAUGCUGAAUUUCUCCCAGAAAAUGAUUGCAAUUACAAAUGCUUUGGUAGUAAUAUCUUAAUUUAUUUUGCUUGCAAAAAAACAAAACAAAUUGUACACAAAACUCCAAAAAUGGGCUGGACAAAAGUAUUGGCACCCUUCGAAAAAUCAUGUAAUGCUUCUCUAAUUUGUGUAAUUAACAGCACCUGUUACCUACCUGUGGCACAUAACAGGUGGCGGCAAUAACUAAAUCAAACUUGCAGCCAGUUAAAAUUGAUUAAAGUUGACUCAACCUCUGUCCUGUGUGCUUUUGUGUACCACAUUGAGCAUGGAGAAAAGAAAGAAGACCAAAGAACUGUCUGAGGACUUGAGAAGCAAAAUUGUGAGGAAGCAUGGACAAUCUCAAGGCUUCAAGUCCAUCUCCAAAGACCUGAAUGUUCCUGUGUCUACCGUGUGCUGUGUCAUCAAUAACUGUAAAGCUCGUAGCGCUGUGGCUAACUUCCCUAGAUGUGGACGGAAAAGAAAAAUUGACGAGGGAUUUGAACAAAAAAUGUGCGGAUGGUGGAUAAAGAAUUUCACUUUUGACCAAGAGACAUAAAAAAGCUAGGCUGGAGUUUGCCAAAACGUACCCAAGAUAGUGAAAAAGGUUUUGGAAGAAUAUUCUCUGGUCAAAUGAGACUAAAGUAAAGCUUUUUGGGAAAAGGCAUCAACAAAGAGUUUACAGGGAAAAAAACAAGGCCUUCAAAGAAAAGAACACGGUACCCACAGUCAAACAUGGCGGAGGUUCCCUGAUGUUUUGGGGUUGCUUUGCUACCUCUGACACAGGACUGCUUGACCGUGUGCAUGGAAUUAUGAAGUAUGAAGAUUACCAACAAAUUUUGCAGCAUAAUGUAGGGCCCAGUGUGAGAAAGCUGCGUCCCCCUCAGAGGUCAUGGGUCUUCCAGCAGGACAAUGACACAAAACACACUUCAAAAAGAACUAAAAAUGGUUUGAGAGAAAGCACUGGAGACUUCUGAAGUGGCGAGCUAUGAGUCCAGACCUGAAUCCCAUUGAAUACCUGUGGAGAAAUCUGAAAAUGGUAGUUUGGAGAAGGCACCCUUCAAAUCUCAGAUACCUGGAGCAGAUUGCCAAAGAAGAAUCGUGUAAAAUUUCAGCAGAGCAUUAGAAGAAACUCAUUGAAGGAUACCGGAAGCGGUUGUUCGCAGUUAUUUUGUCUAAAGGUUGUUCUACCAAGUAUUAGGCUGGGGGUGCCAAUACUUUUGUCUGGCCCAUUUUUGGAGUUUAGUGUAAAACAUUUUUUUUUUCAGUCUUUUUUUUUUUUCAUUGCAAGCAAAAUAGAUUAAGAUAUGACUAACAAAGCAUUUGUAAUUGCAAUCAUUUUCUGGGAAAAAAUUAACAUCUGAAUAAAUUGCAGGGGUGCCAGUACUUUUGGCCAACAGUGUAUGAGAAGGAUCCAUUGCUGUGGAGCUACAAUACAAGUCAUUUUCAAUUCCUCGUUUGUCAAGCGUCAUUGUGGCCAUGUGGUCUGACAAGAUAGUCCAUGGUGGCCAUGGCUACUUGACAAGUCAAUCUCUAUCUCACCACCAUUAGAUCCUAAAACAGCAUCGUCGGUAAACGGUGAUGAGUGGGCGCAGUGCUCGUGACAGUUUCCAUAUACCUCAGUUUGUUUUGUAUUUGUACUUUCGUAUCUCCUGUUUGUGUCUUGUUGGUUUCGUGUUGACAUUCAGUUGUGUGAUCCAAAGCUGUGCACAGAAUGACUGACUGUGUACUAUGUGUUACAAACACAAAGUGCAUAGAUGUCAAGCUAUUUGCAAUUUGAUGGCUGUAUGUUCUCACAAGCUAACUCCACUUAAAAUGCACACAUCCAAUUGAAGCUUUUUUUUUUUUUUUUUUUUUAAUGUUAUUGUAUAUCAUGUAUGUAAUGAAACAGAUUUCCUGCAUAUUAUGUUCAUAACUAGUUUGGAAUUACAGCUUAACUCAGUUAUGUUAGUUGUUGCUUGAUUAGAUUUCAGAUAUUUAAAAUGAUAAACAAAUCAUACUAAAUAAUUGGCAGAAAAUAUUUGAAAUAAAAACAGAAUUUGACAUGUUUUAUAUCAAAAAACAUCCCUGAGUAUAAUCUGUAUCACUAUCUUCCCAGCAUUGUUGGGUUUGUCCUGCUCAGUGUUCUGAAGCUUUUCGGUUGUUUCAAUGUUCUUGCAUUCUUUGCAGUCAUUAAGGUCCUAUACACAGUAAUUUAUGUAUAUGUGUAUACAUACAGUAUAUAUGGGGACAAGAAUCAUGAAUCUUUUCCAAACACUAUUUGCCCAUUUUGAUUACAUUUUGAAUCACAUCUUUACAUUUCACAUCGGUUUAGAAUCUUGCAAUUGUUCUGCUAUUUCCAAUUUUUUGGGCACUGAUUUAACAAAAUUGUGACCUGCAUUCGUUGUUCAUCACACAUUUAUCACAGUAUAAUAAAACUAUAAACACUAAGUUUUCCCUUGUUAGGACACAUUUUGUAAUACAAUUAUAGGUUCGUUGGGCAAAGUGCAGUAUUAGUGACUGUUCAUAAUUCCAUGUGAGUCAUUUGUUGACCUUGUGUUUCCUCUUUAUGUGAUACCAGGAGCCUGAUGCUUUUGCACUUAGGUUCCGACCCUAAGGUGUAUGCAAGCCCCCUCCCCCGCUUCAUGUUUGCCAGAUAUAACCAUAAGCUGUUAUUCUUUUCCUGUCCUAUGUUUCUGUAAAAAAAUAAAGACUAUUUUAUCACAUCAGCAGCUUUACAGUACU